CUCUGCGGUGACUUGCUCACUCUAACGUGGCAGCAUGUGGCAGCUGCUGUCCCCAACGGCUCUGCUCCUUCUAGUUUCUGCUGGCACACGAGCUGCAGACCCCCCAAAGGCCAUGGUGGUCCUAGAACCUCAGUGGAAUAGGAUACUCAUCUCGGACAGCGUGACGCUGAGGUGCCAGGGGGCCUACCCCCCUGGGGACAAUUCCGUCCAGUGGUGGCACAACGGGAGUCUCAUCUCGCAUCAGGCCUCCAGCUACUUCAUCGCGGCUGCCAGCGUGGAAGACAGUGGCGAGUACAAGUGCCAGACAGGCGCCUCCGAAGCCAGUGACCCCGUGCAGCUGGAAGUGCACAUCAGCUGGUUGCUGCUCCAGGCGUCUCGCUGGGUAUUCCAGGAGGGGGAGACCAUCCGGCUAAGGUGCCACAGCUGGAAGAACAAGACGGUAUGGAAGGUUCAAUAUUUCCAGAACGGAGAAGGCAAGAAGUUUUCUCACAGCAAUUCUGAGUUCCACAUCCCCAAAGCAACAAGCAAACACAAUGGCUCCUACUUCUGCAGGGGAAUUAUCGGGAAAAAAAAUGAGUCAUCAGAGGCUGUGUACAUUACCAUUCAAGGUCCUCCAAGUCCAUCCACCUCACCGCUCCUUCCACAUUGGUACCAAAUCGCUUUCUUCCUGGUGCUAGCACUCCUAUAUGCAGCGGACACAGGGCUCUUCCUGGCUGUGCAGAGAGGCCUUCGAAGCUUAAUGGAGAAGGGCAAGAACAGCAAAGUCACGUGGAGUCGGGACCCGCAAGACACAUAGGGGUAAUAAAAUCAGCACCUCCGAA